AUCCAAGUCAUUUUCGAUUGAGACUAACACCGAUCACAUUCCAUGGCAGCGUCCACCGCUUCCAGCUCUGGCGCCAUGUUCCUCAAGAAGCUGCACGACAUGUUGAGCUCGACGCCUGCAGAGAUUGGCGGGUGGUGCCAAAGCGGCAGCGCCUUCGAGAUCAAAAACUCCAACGCGUUUGCCCACCUGAUGCUACCCAAGUACUUUAAGCACAGCAAGUACUCGAGCUUUGCACGUCAGCUCAACUUUUACGGAUUCCAAAAGUGCAAACGGGAAGCACUCCUGAUCGAGCAUGAGAGCGAGCACAAGUCGGUCGUGUUUCACCACCCCCAUUUCAACCAGCACAAACCGCGCUUGAUGGCCAAGAUCAAGCGAAAGACCAACUACUCGGAGCUUGGAAACAUGUCGGACGAGCCGUCGAACGUGGACGAAGUGGAAGAGCUGCGCCACGAGGUGUCUGAAAUCAAGGUCACCCUUGCUUCGCUUGCCAACCAAAUUUCCCAGCUUUCACAGUUAGUCGCCCAAGUGGUGCAGGAAGAUGCGCGCCCAGUGCAGGAGCAGCAGCCCGUGUCAGUCGAAGCCGAAGACAGCUUGUCCUUGUUUGACGUGCUCGACUAUCUUGACGACAUCGAGUGCGUGGAGCCUUUGAGCCAGGGAUUUGAGUUCCUGAACGGCCCGUUGCAGCCCAUGAGCGCGUGCUAGUAGAGCGCCGCGCAUGCCAACGUCGUAUUUAAGUCCAACAGUAUUUUCAC